AUGAAUUUGCUCUUCUGGAAUAUCCGGGGCCUGCUUUCCUCUUGCCGCAGGCUCAAACGGUUAAUCAGACAUGAGAGCAUUCACCUUUCUGCCAUCUUUGAACCUUUUUUAACCAAUGAUAAAUUGGACUCCUACAUCAGAACUCUUAAUCUCCAUAAAGGUUUUGCUUCUUCGGUUAGCAAAAUUUGGAUUCUCUGGUCUUCUUCUUUUAAUGUUGAGGUUUUAAUUGACUGUGAUCAAUUUGUUUACUGUAAAGCUUCCUUCAUUCCUUGGAAUUUUGACUUUGAGUUUGUGGCAGUUUAUGCAAAACACACCAGAACAGACAGGCAAAUUCUCUGGUCACAACUUAAUGCUAUAAUAGAGGAAAGCUCUUCACCACUGCUACUGGGCGGGGAUUUUAAUGUCAUAUCGAGCGUGGCAGAAUACAAAGGAAAUGCAACCCCUGAAUUAAAUAGCAUCUCAGAUUUCUCAACUUUCAUUGCUGACAACUCUUUGCUUGAUUUAGCAACCACAGGAGGCACUUUCACCUGGACUGGAACCCGAAAUCGGGGAAGAAUUUGGAAAAGGCUUGACAGGUUUCUUCUCUCUUCUUCAUUUAGAGAUUACUUUACUGAUGUCAAUAUUAUGCUUCUGAACAGAACUACCUCAGAUCAUGCGCCAAUUUUGCUUUGUGGAAAUAAAGCGAAUCUUUUGGGUCCUAAACAGUUUAGAUUUCAAAAUAUGUGGCUCAAGCAUGCUAGCUUUGAACAUUUUGUGAAAACAAACUGGUCAGUUCCUGCUAUUGGAGGGGGUAUGCGUGCUCUUGCAUUUAAACUUAAAAGACUUAAACAGGCACUCCGAGUUUGGAAUAGAGAGAUUUUUGGCAAUGUUUUUGAUCAAGUAAGGAACCUGGAUCAAUCAGUAUCAGAUGCGGAAAAAAGGUUUGAUGCUUCACCAACCCAAGAGAAUCGAGAACUGCUAAGUUAUGCUCAAGCCUCCCUUCUCCAAGCUCUAAAGCUCGAAGAGAUCUACUGGAAACAAAAGGCUAGAGUUAAAUGGCUGAGGGAAGGGGAUGCCAAUACCAGCUUUUUUCAUUCUACGGUCAAAGAUAGACACCGUCGACAACGCAUAAGUGCAGUCAAAAACACAUCCGGUAGUCUUCUUACUAAUCAGGUUGACAUCCAAUCCGAAGCAGUUAACUUCUUCACCUCUUUAUUUACAGCAGAUGAAAGUGAAGAUAUGCAUGUUAUUCUUGACUGUCUGCCUACAAUCUUAACCACGGAAGAUAAUAUUACUCUCCUGGCCCCCUUGACUCGAGAAGAAGUUAAAAAUGCGGUGUGGGCUUUAGACCCGGACAGUACAGCAGGUCCAGAUGGUUUCUCAGGAUCUUUUUUUAGGAGCUGCUGGGAUAUACUUCACAAUGAUGUGUACAUAGCAGUUCUGGAUUUCAUGAUUGGAGUUCCGGUGCCUUUUGCCUUCUCGAGUGCACAGAUAGUCCUAAUCCCCAAGAAGCUUAAUCCAGAAUCAUUCGCGGAUUAUAGACCAAUCUGUUUAUGCACCUUUGUAAGCAAGAUUUUUACAAAGGUCAUUUCUACCCGUCUUAAUAAGCUUCUCCCAAGGAUAAUUUCUAGAGAACAAUCAGGCUUUGUCCAAGGAAGAAACACCCAUGACAAUGUUCUUCUUGCCCUUGAAUUAAUCCAAUCUAUCAACAAAAGAUGUCGGGGAUCUAACGUGGCAAUUAAACUUGACAUGUCAAAAGCUUUUGAUCGAGUAGCUUGGCCUUUCCUACGAGCAGUCUUACAAAGGUUUGGAUUCUCAACUUAUUUCAUAAAUUUGAUUAUGAACUUUCUCAAUGCAACUCGUCUGUCAGUGCUAGUUAACGGAGUUUCCUGUGGAUUUUUCAAACCUUCAAGGGGUGUAAAACAAGGAGACCCACUAUCUCCGCUUCUCUUUAUUUUAGUCUCAGAAGCCCUAUCACGCUCGUUGCUCCUUCAUUAUGGCUCGGGACUUAUUUCCCCUUAUGAAACUUCGUUUAGAUGUCCAAUCAUCACUCACCUGGGCUUCGCAGACGACAUUAUAAUUUUCACCAAUGGAGGGGUGAAUUCUUUGAGAAAUCUAAGCAAGGUAUUGAAAAUCUAUCAACAGGCCUCUGGGCAGAAGAUCAACUCAGACAAAAGCUUUUUUAUCACCUCAAAACACUGUAAUCUGAACCGCAUUACUGCCAUGGAAGAGAUACUAGAUAUGAAACGAUCCUCACUGCCUUUCCGCUACCUAGGAGUGAAUAUUUUCCAAGGGAGAAACAAGAUCAUUUUUUAUCAACAUAUUUUGGAGAAUGUCAACAACAAACUCCAAGGUUGGCAGCGCAAACUCUUAUCUCCGGGAGAUCGCUUGGUACUAAUAAAGCAUGUCCUGACAACUAUUCCUCUCUACACAAUCGCAGCUGUCCAAUUACCUCGCCAAGUUAUCAAAGAACUGGAGCGAAAGUUUGCUAGAUUCUUUUGGGGAACAUAUGAAGGCAAGCAAAAAUUCCAUUGGGCAUCAUGGGAAAAAAUUUGCUUACCUACCGAUGAAGGGGGACUGGGAAUUCAUAAUCUGACAUCGAUACAACAAGCAUGCUCAGCGAAGCUUUGGUUUAACUUUAAGAACAAAGAUUCCUUAUGGUCAGAGUUCAUGAAAGCCCGCUACUCUACGAGCUCAGUCCGGAGAAAUGGUUCGAUAGUAUGGCGCAGGAUGUUUCAACUUGCGGACCUAGUGGAUGAAAAUAGCAGUGUAAUUGACAAUGAAACAAUCUGGAAACCAUCCACAAAAGGUGAUUUUACACUAUCAACGGCAUAUGAUCUGAUCAGACCGAGAAAGGGCUCAACAUCAACGGCAUAUGAUCUGAUCAGACCGAGAAAGGGCUCAACACUUUCCUCAAAGUGUAUCUGGGCACCAGGUUUAUCCACUAAAUGCUCAAUCUUUAUGUGGAAACUCCUCAGAAAAUUCUUGUCAUUUCCAGACUGUCUAGAGAGAUUUGGAAUCUGCCUACCUUCUAUAUGUCCUUUUUGCCUUAAUGCAAGUGCAUCACUAGAGCAUUGUCUCUACUUUUGCCUUAAUGCAAGUGCAUCACUAGAGCAUUGUCUCUACUCUUGUACUCACAUCUAUGGAGUUUGGGAGCAUUGUCUCUACUCUUGUACUCACAUCUAUGGAGUUUGGAAAACAUUUGCUGUGAUGUUCGGAAUCUCCCUGAAUAAUGCUCGAUCAAUAAGAGCCGCAUGUCACACAUGGUGGCUUUCAGCCCAACCAGGAACAGCUUCGGGUUUCUACUGCUCUAUUUUUCCUUGUCUAAUCCUUUGGGUGGUGUGGACCUUAUACAAUGCAGCACUUUAUGAAGAUUCACCUUUCACUUUGGUUGCUGCCAUCUCGAAAAUUAAAAGAGAGACAAUGUUAAUAUCUCUGAUUCAUCCUAUUCGCAGAAGUAGUUCAUCAGAUUACUUUCUAGUUCAUGAAGGGAUCGUUUCUUCUUUCUCUCCUAACCAGAGAAUCAGAAUUACUUGGAUAAAAUGGCAAAAACCGCCAUCUGGCCGCUUAAAAUUAAACACCGAUGCUUUUUUUUCCUUUAAUGGAGCGGCCGGGGGGGCAUGUUUACAGAAUUCGGAAGGCAUUCUCAUUGUAGGAUUAUCUUUCCCCUUGAUAGCAUCCUCAGCACUUGAAGCAGAAGCUCUGGCACUUGACUUUGCUUUAUCCUGGUGUGAGCUAGCAUCAAUGAUCCCGGCACAUAUUGAAGUUGACUCUAUUGUUUUGGUGCGAUUCGCAACAUCUAUCACCAACUUGUUACCAUGGAGAAUUCGUAGUGCAGUCAAACACAUUCACUCAAGGAUCACUUCUUGGUCGUCAUCCAUUAUUCAUGUCUAUCGUGAGGGAAACAGGGUUGCGGAUGCUUUAGCUUUAGAGGGGUUGCAUCGCACAUCUGCCACUUUAUUUUCAUCUUUUAACUCCCUCCCUGAUAAAGUUAAAUUGGCUUUGCUGUAUGACUUUCGGGGCUUUGCUGCCUCCCGUUCUUUUCGUUAUUAA